AUGACUGAAAAUUCAAUAGUUAACAUUGCACCUCUGUCGUUCCCGGCUGAUAUAAUUUCAAAGAUUUCUCCUGAGUUAUCACUUCAGAGGUACUUAUCUACAUCCAUUAGACCAAACCUACGUUCAUUUGAAGAAUUCAGAGAUGUACACAUUGAGAAAGAUAAAAUCUCACAUUAUGCUCAAAGUUUAGGGUCUUCUGGAAAUGUUACAGAUCCAAAUAAUGAGAUACUAGGGUGCAAUGUUUUGAAAAGUGGAGAAACUGUAAUUGUUACUAGUAUAACUGGAGGUGUUGUUGAAGAUAUGGAGACUGUUUCUGAAUUUGAAGAAAGUAUUUUGGAAAUUUCAAAUGAAGAUGAUGAUACAAAGAGAAAAACCAUAUCACAUUACGCUUCGGUAUUUCCUUCUGUUUUAAUAGAAUCCGGUAGAAAUAAACAUUUUCCAUCCGAUGAAGAAAUAGUCAUUGCUCAAAAAUUACAUUCCAAUAUACUACAUUCCGGUUUAAUAUCGAAGCAAGCGCUGAAGGUUUCUUGUGGUGUUCGUUCUGUCGAUGUGGAUGGAUCUAUAUCUAUCGUAUACCCUGAUGAGAGUGAUACAGAGAACAAAGACUUAUUUAGUAAUAUAUCCAAUAAAAAAAAAUGGUCAUACGUUUUAUAUGCGAAGAUUGCAGUGUUUGGAAGAAAUGGGCCCGUAUUUGACCUUUGUUGGAAUUCGUUAAUUUAUGCGUUGAGAUCAACCAAACUGCCAAGAGUAUUCGUUGAUGAAAGAGCUUCUGACCUUAAAAUGACUGUCAGAACUAGAGGGAAGAGUUUGACUGUCAGAGAAGCUUAUGAAGUUUUAUCAGAUCCAUACAGAUUUUUACCAUUAAACAUUUCUUCAUCUGAUAUAAGCUAUGCUUCGAAUUUUGGUAUAAUCAAUUUGGAUCCGGAAGCCCAACUCAUUACCGAAACAGAGGGUGAAAAUAUGGAUAUUACUGAACCAUCAUCUGUUUUGUUAGCUGACAUAGAUACAGAGAUUGAAGAAAAAAAUGUACGAUCAACAAUUUCAAUUAUUUCUAAUGGGAAAGGUGAUUUUAAGAGCUUCACUGUAGUUGGAGGGAACGUAAAAAUUACAAGUGAUAUCAUUAAAUCUGCAAUUAAGUUAUCAAAAGAAAGAUCAUUAGAUUUAAGCAAAAAAGAAGUGUGA